AUGUAUUUAUUCAAUCAUGCGUCGCCUGUUAUGACACCAGAAAAAGGUUCAACCAGUUCAACUCCCUCUACCGAAUCUCUCAAAGUUCUUCCACUAACCCUAAUAGAUUUAGGGGGUUCUUGUAUAAAUCCUACAAAAAUAGAAGCCGACUGGAUCAAAAAUGAUGAACAACAAAAUAUGUUAGGAGGAGGCACAAAAUUUUCAGCAGAUGUAGAAGGAAACUUGAAAUUCAUGUGUGCCAAUACACCAUCUGCAGAAAGCGCCAGUACGAUGUCAUCAAACAAUCAGAAUUGCACGUAUCCUGCGAUAUUCGGAAAAACAGAUUACCUCGCAUGUGUCCACGAACCACAACCAGUCAUAAGUGAAUUGAAACCUGUAACGGGGCCUAUUUCAUUCAUCUCUAAUAUACGUUGUGGACAAGAAGGACGUGGUAAAAUGUAUCGAUACGUAUAUAAGAUUUGUAUGUCGGAUAUUUCAACCAACAGGUUAUUUGGUUUCAACUUAUUCGAGUCAGUGAAAUACCGCUCCGAAUUCGAAGUGUAUCGAUUUUGUUUUGAUGAACAAGAAAAUUCCGUUCUUUACACCGAACAUCGAAUUUACUCCCCUAAAUUACUCAACGAACCUGCGUUAGGCGAAGAACGAAAAAAACCAUUCGAAACAAUAUCAAGAAAUUACGAAGUGUUUGGUCUAAAUACAGAUCGGAAAGAAAGAAAAUUUAAUUGGACUACGCUUCCAAAUGAAACGCAAGUACCUUCAAAUAAUGAUCCUAGCUCUAAAAAAUUCAUCAUUUCCAAAAAUCAAAAACUAGUACCACCUGAAGAUUUUGCAUUCGCGCUAUGGAGAAAACCGACGUAUGAUCGUUUAAACUCGAAAAAAAUGCCAAGCGAGCGAACCAAUUUAUGGGAUCAUAUCAAUAAACUCAUACGAGACGAUGCUAUAUUCCAUAAUCGAGAAUAUUACAUAAAAACCCAAGCAUUCAAAAUGACGAUGCCACAUGCAAUAAUUAAUCAAAACGAAACAAAUACUCCGGAACCUCAUAUCUGGAUGAAAAAAGUUUUCUAUUUUCCGGAUCUUUCCAGGCCGAAUAUUUCGUACAAAAAUAAAGCUAUAGUAGUCUUGAUGGUCACCGAAAGUACCCCUCAAAUUGUCUCGGAAAUUGAAAAAAGAUGCGUUUACAAUCUGUGUCAGAAAGAUCACAAGAAAUCGUAUUUUUAUGUUGGAAAUUUCAUCUACUGUUGUUCCAUGAUCACUAAUGAGGCUUUAAGGGAAGAUGGGGUGAAAAUUGAUGAAGAUUUGGAAAUAAAUUCUCUGACCGAUGUCACUAUUAGUGAUAGUAAGAGAAAAAGAGAAGACGAUAUUGAAUAAAUUACAUUUUUAAGGAUUAAUAGAUACUCGUAUUUUACUAUUAACAUAAGCAAUUGUCGACAGCUCAUUAUUAUAUGGACAUUGUUACGAUGCAAUUCCCAG